AUGUCCAUAGCAGAAGGCGAAGUAAAAUGGGCCGAAAUUUUGACAUGUUGGACCCACCUAACAGAAGACGUUUUGAUGAUGUUAGACCGCGAGUACGAUGGAAAGAUGAUAUCCGAAAGCACUGCCAUAACUUCAAGCCUAAUAGUAUGGCAAGAACAAAGAAGGAACUAUGGGUUCACAGCAGCAUCCUUCGCCGCAGUCUGGUCUGAGAAGCGAUUUGGUAUUGACAUUAUGGAGCGGUUGGCGAUGGUGCCAGCUACUUUGGUUCGUGCUCAAUUAGCAGCUAUCGAAGCUGCGCUGAAGGAGGCUGUGGAGAAUUCGUUGCCGCGUGUGGUCGUAAUUACCGACUCGCAAGUUUUUAUGCACAACUGGAAGAAUAAGUGGUCAAAAGCGAAUGGUACACCGUGCUCCAAUAAGUUUCUAUAUGACCGGAUUCGAGAUCUAGUCCAAGAAGGAACAGAAGUAGUUCGCUUUCGCUUUGAGAUUCCCAGAAAAGACAGCUCCGAAUGGUUGUCUGCAAUCGAUAAGUGUUUUGAAUCGAUUGAUUUGCCAAUUGUUGGCAAAGACCGAUCGGAGUAUGAUAGAAACAUAUCCGAAAUACUAGUUGAUGAGAAGUUUCUGCGUGACCCACGUGUGAAAGUGAGGAUAUUCAAGAGAGGUACAGACUUCCACAGUGGUGUUGUCUGGGAAGAAGAUAGUAAAUCAACAGAAUGCUUUGUAAAAGAGGAGAAGAGGGUCUACCACUAUCUCCUGGAUGUUCUUGAAAGGGCUGCUUCGGAAGGUAUUCGCGAUCUCAGAAUUCGAACUGAUUCUGCCAGGUUAGUGUUGUCAGCAGAGAACUGGCUUCCGAUAUGGCACCGUAAUGGCUGGCGAAACUCGCUGCAUAAACCGAUUGCAGACGCAGCUUUAUGGAAGAAGAUUUGGAGUUUGAAGAAGAAAGUGAAGGUUUGAUG